AUGUUCGCCAUAUUGUUACUCGCUACGCCGGCUCUUGCGCUGCCCGCGCGUUUCUCGUCACAUAUAGAACAACAGACGCCAAUCGAAGUGCAGGACCACUCGCAGGGCUACAAAUUCGACCCGUUGCUCCACCUUCCGGGCACGUCGCCAUACUUUGACGCAAUUGGAUUUGGACUCGAGCACACAGCGCCGGUUGGCUGCAAUGUCACCGCAGCGUCGUACAUCGUGAGGCACGGAGCCAUCUACGCAAACGAUGACGAAUACGAAGAAUACAUCAAGCCGUUCCUCUUCAAACUCGAGAAGCACAGAGACGGCUGGUCAGGGCCGCUCGCAUUCAUGGGCAAAUGGGAAUCGCCCAUCCUCGAAGACAAACUCGAAGAACUCACACCCUCGGGCGCACGCGACGCCGAGAAAGUUGGAAAACAUCUCGUCGAACGAUACCCAGACUUGGCCCCGUACACAACGAGGAUAUUGGCAGACAAGAAGAGCAGGACUUUUGACACGGCUACAAAUUUCACCAAAGGCUUCCCGCACCACGAGAACAUCGAGGUUGUGCGUAUCUUUGAAAACGACAAUGGAUCCAUGGAGUCACUUGUCCCGCACAAGCUGUGCGAUAAUUUCAACAAGGAACCUGGUACAAAAGAGCAGUACAGGUUCAUCAAGAUGUACGGCUCCAGAGUAUCUGUCCGUCUUGCGCCUUUCACACCUUUCAAGCUCAGUCCCAAGGAUGUUGUAGGCAUGCAAUCAAUCUGCGGCUACGAAAGCGCCAUCCUCGGCAAGCGCUCCCCGAUGUGCGCCGUCUUCACCGACGCUGAAUGGAUGGCCUACGAAUAUCACUGGGAUCUCAAGUAUGCUCACAUGGUCGGGCCCUUGAAUCCUUUGUCUCCCUACCUCGGCUUCCCUUGGUUGGAAGCUCAAUCCCAGCUCUUCGCUCAUAUCGACAAGCAUGACACACCUAGCGGUGGCUGGCCUGAUAAACAACGCUUUUUCCUCUCCUUCACCCACCGCGAAGUCCCUCCUUUCAUCGCUACCGCUAUCGGUCUCUUUGGUUCUUCGUCCGAUGCCGGUGAGCAGUUUCCCACGGAUCACAUCAACUGGACCCGGGCCUGGCGCAUGUCCGACUUGAUCCCCUUCCUUGGUCACGUUGGCAUGGAAAAGAUGACCUGUGACCGUGGUGGCGCUGUCGAUGCAGACGGCAACUCCGGUCCGGGAGAUUACGUGCGAUUUAUCGCAAACACAGCGCCUAGACCUAUCCCCCAGUGUCAGAGUGGGCCUGGUGCGAGUUGCCCAUUCGACGAGUUCAGAGAGUUUAUUGGUGAGGGAGCAAAGAAGCACAAGGAUUUCCACAAGCUGUGCGAUAAGAAGGGAAAGAAGCAUGAUGAAUAG